GUGAAGUUCGAUAGUUUGCCCCAGUUGCUGCGACGUUUUGCGGAUUAGCUGAGUGCGCUUAGAGUAUUCUGGCCAGUUAAACAUCGCUAUGGAUGAGAGACCGCCCCUCGUUCGGAAGGUGGGAGUCAUUCUGCAAGGCUUUGAAAAGGGGACUCCACAAAAUCUGCCAAGAGUGAGCAUGGAGAUGAUGAUGGACUUCUUCAACAGCAAUAAUUGCUAUAUACAGCCUGGAUGUCAGCACCACAAAGUUGAAAGGUCUAAGGGCGAAAACUACAGUCCCGAUGCCGUCGGAUAUGUGCAGCUGAAGCGUGAAGACUCCGUCUGCACUCUUCACGCCAGAGUGACGCCGGAGACCAAAGUCAGCGCUAAGGCUUACGAGGUGAUCGUAGUCAUAGAUGAGCGGUCUGAGACCAUCAGUAGCGCGCAAUGUCAGGACUGUGUGGCUGCGGCAGGAGGUUGCAAGCACGCUGGAGCAGUCCUGGGUUGGCUGUUCAUGAAAAGUUCCGAAAAGAGUGUGACUAGUACCGAGUCGUACUGGAAGAAGUCCCGCCUAUCCUCGGUACCAGCUGAAAUCAAAAGUGCCGCUAUCGAGGUGCUGCGACCAAAACAACGCAGUAGCACGGCAGGCAGUAGCAGCACCAAAAUGAUAGGUGCAGAUGCGUUGGAGGCCUUCCGCCAGGAAGUUCUGCAAUUAGGAACCGCUUCCAACUCGUCCGGCCUAUUCUUCCAUCACUACGGAGCAGUGUCGCAGGUUCACGAGGUGAGAAGUGUGGGAGUAGAUCGGCUCCUCCAGGCAUAUGUAGCCCACAGUGACGCCGCUGAGCCCCUGUCUGCGCCGGGGUUCUUGGCGUUCUGCAAGGAGAGGAUGUGCUCAGAGUUGUGCGAUCUUGUUGCGGAACAGAUCUGUGACCAAAGUCAGUCCUGGCUGUGGCAUGCUAUGCGUUUCGGGCGCGUCACCGCCUCUAAGGCCUACGCCGCGGCGCACUGCCAGAAGUUAGAUGGCACUAUCGUGUCUGGUAUCGUCGGCGCUGCAACGCUGAAGGACAGCGCCGCAAUGGAGCGAGGUCGCGUUCUGGAGCCACAGGUGCUAGAUGUAGUGGGGAAUCACCUCGGUGUCGAGUUGCGACGAGCGGGGCUGAUUCUGUCACCCAACUACCCGAUGUUCGGCGCGUCCCCGGAUGGGCUUACUCCAGACGGUAGCGUAGUGGAAGUUAAGUGUCCUGUUGACGAGAAAAACUUUCACAAGUACAUCCUCGCGAACGGUCAAAUUGCUGCUAGAUUCCGCGCGCAACUGCAGAUGUUGAUGACGUUGGCUAGUGCAAAGCGAUCGUUUUUCUGUGUAGCGCACCCAGACUUCGAACGGAGCGGUCGUGUCAUCAUUGUGGAGCUCGAGACCGAUGAGAAGUACAGUGAGGACCUACUCAACCGCUGUGAUAGCUUCUGGAAGGCAGCUGUGUUCCCAGUACUUGUGAAGUCUUAUAGCAGCGUCUGACCUAGUAGCACUCAGCAGACUGUGAUAUGGUGACGGACGGGGACCACUAAUGAACGGCAUUCGUUAGUGUUGUUUGCUCAAACGUUUUUAGUAGAGUGGACUAACCCCGCGUUCGGAGUCUCCCGGACGACGAAGAUUC